AUGCCCAAGAACCGACCAGCGACCUCGGGCUAUGCCCGUCUGGCCCAAGAAGAGGAAGAUAGAAACCAUGACUACGAUUUUUCCGAUGACGAUGAUCUCCAACCCUCCCAUACGAUAUCCCAAUCCGCCCCCCGGUACGCUCCCAUCUCCUCCCGCAUGCAGCCACCCACCCUAUCUUCAUCCCCCGAACAACGACGCAGACACAGUGGCUACUAUCACCGCCGAGCUCGGAGGAACUCCGGUGUUGACAUCAAGGCCAUCAAUGCGCGUUUGGAACGGUGGGCUGAGGAGAUCGCCUCCAAGUUCAAGAUCAACAAGGUCCGCGGGAAGACCCUGGAAGAGGAAAAACUCGAGAUCUACCACUCGGUCUUCCAGCCGCCCAACGGCGUCCGUCCAAUUUCGACCGAGGAACUCGAGUCCGAGGAGGUGGAAGGCGCCGCGCGGAAGGCUCGUGAGGAAUUCGAGGAGGUCGUGGAGAGUGUCCGUCUUGCCAUCGAGGUUGGCGUGCACCCCCGGAUGAUCUCCCAAGGUAGCUCCGGUAGUUACUUUGCGCGCAACAGCGAAGGGAAGGUUGUCGGAGUCUUCAAGCCCAAGGAUGAGGAGCCCUAUGCAUCCCGCAAUCCCAAGUGGACCAAGUGGAUUCACCGUAACCUGUUCCCCUGUUUCUUCGGUCGCGCUUGUCUGAUCCCCAACCUGUCGUAUGUCUCCGAGGCGGCUGCGUACGUCUUGGACUCGCGUCUCCGCACCAACCUCGUCCCCUUCACCGACAUUGUCUGGUUGUCCUCCAAGUCCUUCUACUACGAUUUCUGGGAUCGCAGAAAGGCGUGGAUGGGAAAGAAGCCACUGCCGCACAAGGCAGGUAGCUUCCAGGUCUUCUUAAAAGGGUACAAGGAUGCGAAUCUCUUCCUUCGUGACCAUCCGUGGCCCGACCAAACCAACACCGGCUUCCGCGCGGAAGACGCCCCGAAGCGCAAGAAGCGUCCUUGGAACGAAGCGUGUCGCCCUUCUGGAGUACAAUCCGACGAUGAAGACGACGAUUUUGAGAAUGGUGUCCUCCAGACCCCCUCGCCUCGUGAACAGAGCAGAGAGCGUCGAUUCUAUUGGACCGAAGCGUUGAAACAAUCCUUCCGAGAGGAGUUGGAGAAGCUGGUGAUCUUGGACUACAUCAUGCGAAACACCGAUCGUGGUCUGGACAACUGGAUGAUCAAGAUUGACUGGAAUACGGAAGAAGUGUCGAUCGUGGCGGAUCCUCCGAAGCCGAAUGGUGUUCAUCAGGAAGAUGACGACCUGAUGCCUCCUCCCCGACCCGUCUCAGUCAAUUCCGACCAAACUGGCAGUGCAUCUCAUCCUUAUAAACGCCGUGAAACGAUGGUGGCUGUCAGUCGAACCGGGACGCCUUUGAACUCAUCGGAACCGCAGGCCUCUAUCCAAAUUGGUGCCAUUGAUAAUAGUUUGUCUUGGCCGUGGAAGCAUCCGGAUGCUUGGCGAAGCUUUCCUUUCGGCUGGCUCUUCCUUCCCGUAUCUUUAAUUGGCCAGCCCUUCUCUCAGAAAACGCGCGACCAUUUUUUACCUCUUUUGACCUCGACAGCUUGGUGGAGCGGUACGCAAAUGGCGCUUCGACGCGUAUUCUCGCAGGAUGACGACUUCAAGGAAAGCAUGUUCGCCAGACAGAUUGCUGUGAUGAAAGGCCAGGCAUGGAAUGUUGUGGAGACCCUGAAACAGCCUGAUCAUGGUCCACUGGAGCUUACAAGAAGAACCCGUGUCUGCGUGUGGGAUGACCUAGUGGAUGUCCCGGUUGCCAUUCCUCUCCGCGGACCUUCAACCGAAGCCCAGAAACAAAAAGUGCGCAGCUACGAGAAUUACGACAAACGCGAUGCUUACGAUCCCGAUAACGAGGAGAUGGAUAUUGGCGCAUCGAUGUCGCUGGGGUCCGGCCCGGAACAUGAUCUCCUCGGGUUAGGGUCUCCUCCGAGUGAGCUUCCCAACCCUAAUCGGUUCGAGUUGCGGGAUCGAGAGUCUGGUGCGCCGAAACCGAAUGGGAGUCCAGCCACCCUCGAGAGCUAUGGAUUCAGCCGCGACAGUAUUGAUGCUCUGAGUGCGAGAGAUCCGGACCGUGACUGGCCCGACCUCCCACCCCGUCCUGGCAGACACCAUAAGAACAGCUCCGUGUCCAGCUCGCGCGGCGCCCAUCUGAUUUUCAGCAGCGAUGACCUGGAAGGUGAUCUGGGGUAUGCUGCGGCCGAGGGCAUGGAAGGAAACCAACGGAAAGUGAUCGUUGAGCGAUUGGAAGCCGUCAAGAGCAAGAACCCUGUGUUUACCUGGUGCUAA